GUUUAUGGUAUCCAAGUGAACAACGUGCUGUGCAUUGAAGGUCUCGCGAAGUCUCGUUUCUGUUCAAAAUCUGAGUACACUUCUCUGAUCUUUGUUUUGAUAAUGACAGCACUUGUUCUCUGAGGACUCUUCAGUUAUUAGACAGUGCAUCUUCACAGUUGAAUGAGACACGUGUUCUACGUGUUGAAUUAAUCAGCUCGUCCUUCGUUUAGUCUCUAACCUUUCUCUGACUACUGGCUGGCGAGUGGAUGGAGGGAUAAGUCCGACGAUGAUCAAGAGAAAAAUUCAUUUCUGCAAGAGAAAAAAAUUCAUUUCUGCAAGCCAUUUCUCCUUAUUUCCUUCUCAGCAGGAUUGCGAGAAAUGUACACAAGAAGUGAGACGUUGUGCGCUCUAAUAUGAAUUCCUCCUCUUACUUCUCUCGCGGUGCUGCUGGUUCGUCCACCAAGAACUUCCCUAGAACAGAUUAUGGCGUUGAGCGCUGUUUUGCUUUGGUGUAUGUCUGCGACUUGGCGAUCGUUUUGCUCACCGGAAGAGAGCUAGGGAGAGGUGGAGACUUACAAGACGGCGAUACCGACUUCCCGAUGUUAAGGCUGUAGCUAAUCCAUCUUUGGAAGCAUCCUCGAAACGUAUCGGGAUCCUCCAGACUUUUCACGGAUGCACUUGAAGGAUGAACUGCGGACAGUUCUAACGAUGCGCUUUCUAGCUGCUUGGCAUUGUGUCGCCUCUUUCCUCACCCAUUGGCUACUGACAUGGCGCGAUCGUGUCGCAGCUUGCAAACUGGCGCUGUUGUUGCGGUUCGUAUCAAUCAUAGCUUGUGUGCUUUUGAUGUCCUUCUCGGUACAGCAAGGCUCAGUGUUGGGCGGUAUCCUGGCGAUUAUCGUGCACAUGCUAGCUUGCGCAAUGCUUUGCAAGCUGCUGAAACCGAGAGACGACGACGAGGAUGGCAGUUUUUGGUCUACUAAACUGCGGCUACGAGAUAGGAAUUAUAAUCAACGCGAUCGAGAAGGAGAACGAAGCGCCAGGCGUAAUGAUCAUGAUACAACUUCAACAGAUUUUGAUAAAGAUAGAAGAGGUCGUGGACCAAAGAACAGUAUUAACAGGGUGAACAACUACAACAAAUCGCCCAGACGAGGGAGUAUGAUUUCCAGAGCCUCUAGUCGUGGAGCGAUUUCCUCAAGGAGCCGGGAUAAGGAUAAGAUGAAUGAAAGCAUGACGUCUGCAGCUACAGUUGGAGGAGGUGGCGGAAAUUCCUCCUCGAAUAGGAGAAAAUAUUUUUCUGGUUCUUUGCAGGGUCAGUCAACAACAUCAUCAAGAAAUGGCCUGGUUCAGUACCAGAAUGUCCGAGCCCCAUCCUCUAAUGAUACUAUUGCACCAUUGAGACUGUGACUCGUUUGGCUUUGAAAGAUGAAAGCGGCUACAUUUAACGACCUACCUUUUCAUGCUGAAUUUUUUUGAUAUGAGAAGGCAAUGCUUCGAUAAUUCCCUUAAGGGAAGUUCAACUUGCGGCUCCGACAGACGCUGUCGCAGCGUGGAACCACGCCGCACGUGAGGAAACGCCCUCACAGGUACUUUUCGCGAGGCUCAUUGAGAUUUGAGAGAAAAGAAAAUCUCAAAGGAGGCCAGCACCUUGAAAGUGCCCAACUCAAAAAAUGUUGUAUUCAGUGUGGGCCAUUAGGCUACGUAAAUGGGGAGGGGUCUUAAAAUUUAUCGCAAUCAAGGAAUCAAUGGACCAAACGAGGGUUGUAACUGUGUAAAAAA